AUGCAGCAGUUGGAGAACAAGCCCGAGUCUGUUCAACGACCGACACGAGAACGGAGUGAUAGCGAGCUCACGAGUGGACGACGAGCAGGAGAAGGCUGGGCGAAGAGUGCCAUCAGAUGGGCCCCUCUCAACGUACCUGCGCAGCGACGGCUACAAACAGCAGUGGUAUUGAUGCACACGCUGUCGAUUGUCGGCAGUCUGACCAUCUUCUGCUUCCUCUGUGGCAUUCCGCUCCUCUGGCCCAUCCUAGUACCGUACCUCCUCUACGUUCUCUUCUCGCAAGUCUCCGUGGACGGCAGUCUUGCUCUACGCUCCGACUUCUGGCGUCGCAGCAAAAUCUGGUCCCUAUUUGCAUCAUACUUUCCAGCACGGCUACACCGCAGUCAAGAACUGGAACCGACGCGAAAGUACGUCUUUGGCUACCACCCUCACGGUAUCAUCAGCCAUGGCGCGUUCGCGGCUUUCGCAACUGAAGCUCUCGGUUUCAGCCAACUCUUUCCCGGAAUAACCAACACCCUGCUCACACUGGAUUCGAACUUUAGAAUCCCAUUGUACCGAGAGUAUGCACUCCGCAUGGGUCUCGCUUCUGUCAGUCGCGAAAGCUGCGAGAACAUACUGUCUAAAGGCGGACCGAAUAAGGAAGGCAUGGGUCGCGCCAUUACCAUCGUAGUGGGCGGCGCACGCGAGUCUCUAGAUGGCAAGCCAUACACAUUACGUCUCGUCCUCAAGCGGCGCAAAGGAUUCGUCAAGCUGGCGAUACGCUGUGGUGCUGAUCUCGUCCCCACGCUGGCCUUCGGCGAAAACGACAUUUAUGAGCAAUUCGACUCGGAUAGUCAUCCUUGGAUCCAUAAAGCUCAGAUGUUUGUAAAGAAGUUGAUGGGAUUCACUGUCCCCCUCUUCCACGCCCGUGGUGUGUUCAAUUACGAUGUCGGGAUGAUGCCGUAUCGACGCCCUAUCAAUAUCGUAGUGGGAAGACCUAUCGAGACGAUACAAAGCAAGAAUCCUGACCCCCAGUAUGUGGAUGAGUUGCAUACCAAGUAUGUAGAGGAGUUGCAGAGGAUAUGGGAUGAAUGGAAAGAUACUUUUGCGAGGGAUCGAAAGGAGGAGUUGGAAAUCGUCGAAUAG